AUGCAUAUAGAUCCGGCGUCUCCUUCAAAUGUCUCACCGCAAAUUAUCGUCGAUGAUCACACCUCGCUCGAUUCUGCUACUCGUGCUUCCUCUGUAGACGGAUCUGCUUCCCCUGAAGAUGGAUCUGCUUCCCCAGCAAGCCCGAUCUCUGAGUCUAAGUCUUCCGCCUCUGUGAAGGUUGUUAACUCAACUGUGCCAGAGCCGAACAAAUCUACUAAUGAUGUAUCUAUGAAGGUUGUGGAACCAGCUGUGCCAGAUACGAGCAGUCCAACAAAUGUCGCUACUGUGAAGGUUGCUCUACCAGCUGUGCCAGAACCGACAAUAAACAAUGCUGAAACCGAGUCGCCGAUACAAGCACACCCGGUCGAGGAAACCGUAAAUCAAAGCCCCACCAAACAGACAAACACUUGGUGCGAUAAGGCUAAAGGAAUGGGAAAGAAACUGCAGAAGAAGGGUACUCCCUACAUGAUACCGUCUGGUGAAGCUUGCAUCAACAUUCCCAACUCAGUCAUUGAAAAGAACAAGAAGUCUUGGGACUGUUUUGUUUUAGGGCAAUUCUAUCAUGAUCCCCCUUCUCAGGGCACCAUCUACAAGAUUGUGAAUGGAAUAUGGAGCAACAACUACAAAGAUAUUACAAUAGAGGGUCAGACAAUGUUAGUCGAUAAAUGGGAGUCUGGAGUAAUCCCGACGAAACUUGAACUAUCCUCUGCUCCUAUAUGGCUGGAGCUGCGAAACGUUCCAUUCCAAUUCUUUAACGAGGAUGGUCUGGAACGCAUAGCAGGUCUAGUUGGAGAACAUAAAUUUCUUCACCCAAAUUCGGCAAACAAGACUGUUCUGGAUGUGGCCAAGGUCUUCACCAUAAUAGACCCGAGGAAACCACUACCCGAAGCUAUCAAUGUGAGAUUCGACUCAGGUGAUAUUGCGAGAAUUCUAGUCUCAAGCCCCUGGAUGCCUCCAGUCUGCCAGCUUUGUCAUGAGAUUGGUCACACAUCGAAGAGAUGCAAGCGUGCGCCGAUAUCAUGCUCCAUCUGCAACUCCACUUCUCACUCAUCUGAGAAAUGUACUCGGCUAAAGAAAUCGGAGGAAAACCGUAAACCUUCAAGAAGGCACAAGUCCAAUCCUCCAACACAACAAUGGCAGGUGCGACAAGAAUCUAUGCCAAAAAGCGGUUCAGUCGUCACACCCUCACCUUCAAAAGAGAUGCUAAUAGGGGAUAGCAGUGGACUUACUCCCGCUGAGAAAAGACUGAAUGAAAACGAAGAUAUCAAGUUGAGUGAGAGAACAGACGAUGAUAAAUCAUCUGCUUUAGAGCAUGACUCUUCUGACAUCUACUCAGCGGACUCGGAAGGCUACCACGAUGACCACGAAAACUUCAUCAGGCCUAAGAUUCAGAAGCUCAUCAAUGGCAUCUUACGUGGCUGGAAUUCUGCUGAGAAUUAUAGCUGCUCAGACAUCGGAAAAAUCUGGGUGGUGUGGCACUCCUCUGUUGUUGUCACAGUGCCACAGAAAUCACUUCAAUCUAUUACUUCAGAGGUUCGGCUUCCGAACCAAUCAUCUGUCUGCAUCAUUACCAUUGUCCAUGCUUCAAAUGAUGAUGAGCAAAGGAUGGAGCUAUGGCAAGAGCUAGUCAAUCUAAGCGUGGAUUCUAAAAUCAUAAACAAACCGUGGAUUAUUCUGGGAGAUUUCAACCAGAUCCUUCAUCCGGAGGAGCACUCUAGACCACCAACGCUCAACAUUGAUACCAAAACGAGACUGUUCAGGGAAACUCUACUUGAAGCGGACCUAGCUGAUCUGACCUACAAGGGUCCAAAGUUCACUUGGACAAACAAGAGUAAGACCCAUCUGGUUGCAAAGAAGCUAGACAGAGUUUUCGUUAAUGACGACUGGAUCUCCCUAAAUCCAUAUUCCAUUCCUAUCUUUGGAGAACCAGAUUUCUCUGACCACGCUGUCUGCGGUGUGCUAUUGAAACAUGUGUCGGUUAGAGAUAAAAGGCCUUUUCGCUUCUACAAUUUUCUGCUACAUAACGAGCAGUUUAUGGAUCAUCUUACCGACCUGUGGCACUCUGCGAACGUCUCAGGAUCAACGAUGUUCACCAUUGCAAAGAAACUGAAGUUACUAAAAUCGGGCAUCAGGACGUUCAGCAGAGAAAACUAUUCUAACCUUAAAAUGCGUGUGGAAGAUGCUCACAACACCUUACUCGCUGCUCAACAGGACCUUCUAACUGCACCAUCUGAAGCUAAGGCGAUGAUGGAAAGGUUGGCAAUGGAGAAAUGGCUAACACUAUCUAAAGUGGAAGAGCGUUUUCUCCUUCAGAGAGCACAUAUAAACUCAAUCCAAGGAGGUGACUGCAACUCAGCAUAUUUCCACAGGCUGAUAGCAACAAGAAGAUCAUCAAACCACAUUCACUAUCUGUUAGAUGAUCACGACAACAGAGUGGAAGGUCAAAUGACGGUGCAAAGUCUUGCAUUGACUACUUCUCUAACCUGA